AUGCGCGCCUGCGUCAAGUUCGCUAGUCGCCAGGUGACGUCCCACGAGACGGUCUUGUGGCGCUCGACGGUGGCGUGGCUGCUGAACCUGGCGCUCGUCCACCGCAGAGGCGUCGACCUGGCGGUGGCCCCCAAGCAGCGCAACAUGCUCUUCUGGCGCUGCUUCUUCGGCACGUUCGGCAUCAGCAUCCAGUUCUACGCCAUGGCGCAGAUGGUGCUCACGGACGCCGUCACCAUCAUCUUCACCAGCCCCAUCGUCACCUUCAUGCUCGGCGCGCUGGUGCUAGGAGAAGCGAUCGAGCGACUGGACUUGCUGAGCUGCUUGGUGUCGUACGUUGGUGUGGUAUUCGUCACCAGGCCGGCGUUCCUGUUCGCGACCGACGAGGAAACGAAGGAGGUGCCACCGCUGGCGAUUAUUUGCGCGUUGGGCGGGUCCGUCAUGCAGGCGUGCUCGUAUAUUGCAAUGCGCCAGCUACGCGAGCUGAAUUAUGUGGUGAUUAACCACUACUUCCUGCUCUUCGGGCUGCUUUAUGCGCUGGUGACGCUGUGGUAUUUCGACGUGGUGAGCGAGCGUGUUUGUUGUGAUCUGGAGGAGGAACUGGACUUUAUUUAA